CCAAGGAACAGCACUAUUUGUAACUCCAAAGAAAUGAGGGCACCACAGAUGGGCUCUCUGGGAUUUCUAGACAAAGGCCACAUUCCCCUGGUGUUGCAGCUGCUGUUCCUCAUUCUCUUCACUGGACUUCUGGUGGCCAUCAUCAUCCAAGUUUCCAAGAUGCCCAGCUCAGAAGAAAUUCAGUGGGAACACACAAAGCAAGAGAAAAUGUACAAGGACCUGAGCCAACUGAAAUCUGAAGUUGAUAGACUCUGUCGCCUCUGCCCUUGGGAUUGGACGUUCUUCAAUGGAAACUGUUACUUUUUCUCCAAGUCACAACGGGAUUGGCAUGACUCCAUGACUGCCUGCAAAGAAAUGGGAGCCCAACUAGUCAUCAUCAAAAGUCAUGAGGAGCAGAGCUUCCUGCAGCAGACUUCCAAGAAAAAUAGCUACACCUGGAUGGGGCUGUCAGAUCUGAACAAGGAAGGAGAAUGGUACUGGCUGGAUGGUUCGCCUCUGUCAGACAGCUUUGAAAAGUAUUGGAAGAAAGGACAGCCCAACAAUGUUGGGGGACAAGACUGUGUGGAAUUCAGAGAUAACGGCUGGAAUGAUGCCAAAUGUGAACAAAGGAAAUUCUGGAUCUGCAAAAAAAUUGCAACUACCUGUUUGAGCAAGUGGUGACCAGACGUUCUCUGCAGUUUGCACAGCCUAAACAUCCCAGUUGGGGAGUGGACUUUCACUCAUGCGUUUCCCAGUUCCUACUCCCUGUCUAUGGGCAUGGAAAUCUUAGUAUUACCUCUGGGACUCAUCAGUCUCCUUUGUUAGUCACUAUAGUGCUAGACCACUGAGGUCCUUCCUUUGAUGUCUCCAAACUCCUAACGCAUAAUUGUGGUUUUGCCAUUGAAUUUAACUACAUUGAAGUUGUGUAUCCACUGAUGGGCUGGGUGUGUUCCAUUCAUCUCCCCUGUCUUUCUUGUUGAGGUCAGAGGGUUUACAUUACUAUAAUUACUAUAAUAUUCAUUACAUUGAUACAUUGUCCCAUGCUGUUUGAGCUCACAGAGAAGCUGGCUCUGGAAUUAUGGUUGCCUGUAACAUCAAAGCAUGUUUACCUCAAAGUGUCAUUCAAAGACCUUGUCUAGGGUUAGGUAGCUCCUGCCCAACUGUGUAACAGGGAAGAAAGAGAUUAGCAAGACAGCUUAAGAGUAAACACAUUGCGCCCUUGGGAACAGCUAGAAGGUGAACAUUACCAACAGGUGUUACUAAUGUUUAUCCCAUAUGAAAGUGCCUGCAGUGGAACAGAGAACCCAGAAAUUCACCCAUGAAAAGCUCGGCAAUGGAGAGACAGCUCAAUACCAAACUCCAGUUGCUUGCCUCAACUUCCUCAAUCAGUUUCUGCUGACUUUUGUGGGAACCCAGAUUUGAGGAUGUCAUUUCUAUCUUCUGCUAUCUGUACUUUUGCCUAAAGGGUUAUCACUUUGCUCUUCUAACUGCCUUAAUGGAACUUCCUUGGUCAUUUUCUGCUGGGUGUUUGUAAGCUUCUGACUCAGUCAUGCUAUCUUUCCACUGCUAUUUGUACUUUUACUUGGAAGCCUCAUCAAGGGACACUGCUCUUCCCAGAUGUCCUUGUGUUGGGAACUCCAGUUGGCUGCCUUAAAGGGGCUUCUCUCUUUAAUUUAUGCCUGACACUUUGAACACUCAACUUGGUCAUAUUUGGUGUCUAUUUAUCUACCCAUCACUUGCUAUUUAUCCUUUUACUUUGGUUUGCUAUGUACUUAAUAAACUCAUUCAAAUC